AGGAGAGGACAAACAAAAGCACAACCGAGGGUGCCUGCAACCAUGAGCGGCUUGCACUAUUCGCCGGAGCUGCGGCUGCCGCUGCCGCUGCCGCUCUGCCCGCGGACCAUGUCGUGAGGUGUGGCUCGGAAAAGCUCCGGGGAACCUGUCAGCCGAAACGACUCGCCGAGGAGGAGGAGGAGGAGGAGGUGGGGUGGUGGUGGUGGAAAAGAUGUCCGCCUCGGUGGGGCCCCAGGGUGGCCCUCGCCCACCCACCGUGCCGCCAUCCAUGCCGGAUCUCCCGGACCUCAGCCAUCUGACCGAGGAGGAGAGGAAGAUCAUCAUGGCAGUGAUGGCUCGGCAGAAGGAGGAAGAGGAGAAAGAACAAGCCAUGUUAAAAACACUGCACCAGCAGUUUGAGAGCUACAAACAGGAGGUGCGUCGCAUUGGGGCGGAGACGCGGCGUCAGCAGACCCAGCUGAAGGACGACGCGCCCACCUGCGGUAUCUGCCGCAAGACCAAGUUUGCCGACGGCUGCGGCCACCUCUGCUCCUACUGCCAGACCAAAUUCUGCGCUCGCUGUGGAGGGCGGGUCUCUCUGCGCUCCAACAAUUGUCUCAUAGUGAAGGACAGGGUAAUGUGGGUAUGCAACCUGUGCCGUAAACAACAGGAGAUUCUCACCAAAUCAGGAGAAUGGUUUUCGGGGUCAGGGGUGCGGCCUGGGAGCCUGGGCACCUCCUUGAACAACCCAGCCACGGGAGGUGAGGCUCAACGGGACAGGAAGCUACUCCGCUCCAGGUCCCAAGCCCCACCAUCCAGCACCAACACCAACACAGGGCUGCCCGACGGGACACAGCCGCCUGCCGGUGUCACUGCUGCCAAGGGUGUGGACACCAUGCCCGGCUCUCGCUCCCAAAGUGAACCACCUAGAGAAAAGAAAAGGCCAGUUUCCCUACAUGAACAAAAUGGAAAGGGAGGCAUGGGACGCGGUAGUGGCCGGAGACCUGCUGGGAAGUUGCCUUCUCAGUCAUCCCUCGACGAGCGAGUGGUGCCUGGGGACAGAGGCGAGAGACGGUUAGGAGAUGGACGGAGGCUAGAGAAGAUCCAUUCUCAAGACUACGAGGAUGGGCAGGAGAACAUGGGUCGUUCAGAAACACACCGGAGACGCCCAGAGGACGAGGAGCAGAGGGAGCGCCAGCGCCGUGAGGAGGAGUUCCAGAACCGUUACCGUAGUGAUCCCAACCUGGCACGAUACCCGGUGAAACCACAGAAGGAGGAGCAGGAGAUGCGCAUGCAUGCUAAGGUGUCCAAGGUCCGCCACGAACGACGACACAGUGAUCUGGCGAUCAACGAGGUCGGACUGGGGCCUGGUGAAGGAGGAGGUGGAGGCAGCGCAGGGGAGGUGCCUGAAAACCGUCUGGCCAGGAGGGGCGGAGGUGGGGAGGGAGACCGCAAGGCCGUUUUGGAAAACCACCGAGCCUACUCUGUGGAUAGGACCGUGGGGGUUGGAGGGGGAGCUCCACCUGCUGGAGGUGGAGUGAGAUCAGGACCCCAACCUGAGGGACCGGUGCCUCCAGACUGGGGCCCAAACAAAGGCCGCCUAGAGCCCGGUACAACACGGACACCAAGGGACAAAGGUGGGGAUAACCUGCUGAGGAAGGACUCUCAGAGCUCAGACCAGUCGGAGUCUCUGCGGCCGCCCCCUCCACGGUCAUACAAGAGCAAGCGCGGAGUCAACAAGAGGCAGAUGUCCAUCAGCAGCUCAGAGGAGGAGGGCGGCUCCACGCCCGAGUACACCAGCUGUGAGGACGUGGACAUGGAAAGCGUCAGCGAGAAAGGUGACUGGGACUGUCAUUCUCUAGAUCCUACAGUGUGGCACCAUCCAGUUACAUGGCAACCGUCCAAGGAGGGUGACCACCUAAUCGGACGCAUCACUCUAAGCAAGAGGUCGGCCAUACCCCGUGAGGCUGGCUCCCUCCUCGGCCUAAAAGUGGUAGGAGGGAAGAUGACAGAGACAGGGAGACUUGGGGCCUUUAUCACCAAAGUCAAGAAAGGCAGCCUGGCAGAUGUCGUGGGACACCUACGAGCAGGUGACGAGGUGCUGCAGUGGAAUGGGAAGUCGUUGCCGGGAGCAACUAAGAAAGAAGUGUACAACAUUAUCCUUGAAUCCAAGGCUGAACCUCAAGUGGAAAUAGUUGUUUCAAGACCUAUUGGAGACAUCCCAAGAAUCCCAGAGUCAUCCCACCCUCCUCUAGAAUCAACAGGCUCCAGUUCCUUUGAGUCACAAAAGAUGGAGCGUCCCUCUAUAUCAGUGAUGUCCCCUACCAGCCCCGGGGCCCUCCGAGACCUUCCUCUGGUACUGCCUGGACAGCUCUCUGUGAAGCUGUGCUACGACAAAGUGGGCCAUCAGUUGAUCGUCAACGUCCUUCAAGCCAUAGACCUGCCACCCCGACCAGACGGACGACCGCGGAACCCCUACGUCAAGAUGUACUUCCUGCCUGAUAGGAGUGAUAAGAGUAAACGGCGGACUAAAACAGUGAAGAAGAGCGCUGAGCCCAAGUGGAACCAGACCUUCCUAUAUUCCCACGUUCACCGGCGGGACUUUAGAGAACGCAUGCUAGAGAUCACAGUGUGGGACCAGCCCAGAGUCCAGGAGGAGGAGAGUGAAUUCCUGGGAGAGAUCCUGAUAGAGCUGGAGACGGCUCUGCUGGACGACAUUCCUCACUGGUAUAAACUCCAGACACAUGACGUGUCCUCCAUACCUCUGCCCCAGCCCUCCCCGUACCUUCCACGCAGACAUGUCCACGGAGACAGCCCCAGCAAGAAACUACAGAGGUCUCAGCGCAUCAUUGAUACAGAGUUUGAUGAUGGUUUGAUGGUAGUGACUAAAGGUGCAGAGCGUAACUCCAGGGAGAGAGAGCGAGGCAGUACGUUGGCUGUGCCUGAGCAGCAGCGGCCCGUCCAGCACCGCUCCCGCUCAGUGUCUCCUCACAGAGAGGACUCCUGCAGGGCUCGGUCACGGCCCGCACACGUGCCCAUGCAAAGGAGUCUGGAUGAGAUCCACCAGAACCGCCACCACUCCCACUCCCCCUCACGCUACCAUGACUCCCACUUGGAGCACCAACGCUCCGGUGACUCGGACUACGAGUACUCUGAGGACAGUGAGGUCCUGGAGAUGCACAGGUCUAUCCGGGGCGGGAGUGCCGAGUGCCUGCACACAAACAGGGGCGUAGGUAGAUACAACAACACACUUCCCCCCAAAAUGCCCCUGUUAGUAAACGGUAUCCAUAAAGACAUUUACAGCUCCACCCUCCCCGCAUGCCUAAAGAGCAAGCCGCCCCACAGGCACGAAGGGGGCAGCACCAUGCCUCGUAGCAUCCUUACACACCGUGUGCUCAGGUUCACUGAUGAGGUCACUGUUAGCGACCUGCAGACAUCGUUGGACAGAGUGAGGAGUGCCAGCACCACUUGUCUGAGACCAGACACCAACUUUCACUCCCCUGACAGAGACAGGUGCUCCAACUCUUUGCCCCGCAAGACUCCCCCAAGCCCCAGGAUCUUAGUAGAACACGUGGCCCCUGAGGAAGACAGGCAGUGUAGCAAUUCAUCAAGUCCAAACUGUCAAAGGGGCAGCAAAAAAAGCCUGGAGGGGGACAGUCGUAUCCAGCCCACCUCUAUCCUGAGGGGCAGUAGGGGGAGAGGGGGCCCGUUGAGGCCCUUUGGCCAGACAACCCUGGCUGGGUCCUGCCCAAACUCGCCACGGCUAGACAGAGCCCACCCUCAUGGCAGCCCCUGUCCAACGGGGACUCCCUCAUCAGGUCGCAGGGGCAGGCAGCUGCCUCAGCUCCCUGCAAAAAGCAGCAGCAUUGAGCAAGCCCUCGCAGUAGAGGAGCGAGCCCGAAAGCUGCAGAUAAAAGUACAUUCCUGCCAGUCUUCAGCCUCCCACGACCCUGAGACGGACCUCAAGACCAAACGGGAGAUGUAUGCAGAGCAGAGGCGUAGCAGUGACAACAUGUCGGCCAGAUCGUCCGACAGCGAUAUGAGCGAUGUGUCGGCCCUCUCCCGUGCCAGCAGUGCCUCCCGCCUCAGUAGCACCAGCUACAUGUCUAUCCAAUCAGAAAGACCCGGGGGACGACUCAGAUCCAAGUCGUUAGAGGAGGAGAAGAAGGACAGGAGGAUCUCGUGGGGAGUGAAUGGAGAGGAGGAUAGGAGGAGGUCGGCGGGAAAGAGACGCUUCUCUGAGGAGUUGAAGCGCAGGAGACACACUGUAGCUGGAGACACAAGAGAGUCCAGUCGGCAGUUACGAUCGGUGGGCCGCAGCAUGCUGAAGAGCUCCAGUGUGAGCGGAGAGAUCUACACCCAGGAGCGCACAGACGGCAGCCAAUCAGACACAGCGCUGGGCACGGUGGGCGGCGGCAGCAAGAAGAGGCGCUCCAGCCUCAGUGCGCGGGUGGUAGCCAUCGUUGGCAAUCGUCGCAGCCGCAGCACUUCACAGAUCAGUGGCCCUGAGGGGAAGAGUAAGAAGGAGAAGGGGGCACCCAUCCAACGGAGCACAGAGACCGGCAUGGCAGUAGAGCUGACCAGGAACAUGAGUCGACAGCCCAGCAGAGAGUCCAACAAUGGCAGCAUGAACAGCUACAACUCUGAGGGAAAUCUGAAGUUCUCUGGAGUGAAUCUGGGUGCCAGCAGUCAGUUCAGUGACUUCCUGGAUGGCCUGGGACCAGCUCAGUUAGUGGGAAGGCAAACUCUGGCUACCCCUGCCAUAGGUGACAUCCAGAUUGGUAUGAUGGAGAAAAAGGGUCAGCUGGAGGUGGAGGUCAUCAGAGCUCGGGGACUCGUACAAAAGCCAGGAUCCAAAUCCCUCCCUGCUCCAUAUGUCAAGGUCUAUCUGCUGAAUAAUGGAGCGUACGUAGCCAAAAAGAAAACCAAGAUUGCACGGAAAACACUUGACCCACUGUACCAGCAAGCACUGCUAUUCGAGGAAAGCCCACAGGGUAAAGUCUUACAGGUGAUUGUAUGGGGGGACUACGGCCGCAUGGACCAUAAAAGCUUCAUGGGGGUUGCACAAAUCCUAUUGGAGGAACUGGACUUAUCAAGCACAGUCAUUGGCUGGUACAAGCUGUUCCCACCGUCCUCCUUGGUGGAUCCGACGCUUGCCUCCCUGACUCGGCGGGCUUCCCAGUCGUCACUUGACAGUUCCUCCGGGCCUCCCGGGGUCCGAUCCUAGUGGACCAACCGCUCUACGCCGCUCGACGAGAAACAGACUCAUGAAACAUACUGUAGAGAGAAACAAACAAACUAAAAAAAGAUGGCGGAAACGUAGAACAACAACAAUCAGAAACAGUCACAACGAGAAAGCUUUGUUGAGAUCUGACAAUCACUUCUGUCGCGGUUAAUUUUGUCUGUUGUAGGGAGCGCCACAUUUCAGUGUUUCAUAUCCAUUCAAAGAAAAAUCUCAUCGUUUUUCUCUGUGUAUGCUGAAGAAGCAGGGCUGCCGACAGACAACAAGCAGUAGCUCUCGAGACGGGAGGCGAUAAGGUGUCAGAGAAUCAUAUGAAGCAGGGUGGUUUUUAACUGAAUCAAUAAUAGCAAAGAAAUGUACGUAAGCAUCGGAAUGUAUGGACUCGAGACAGAGGUAAUCACCCUCCAUACCUGCAGGUGGCGCAGUCCUCUCUGCAGUGGCCUCCUCCAGAACCCCAACAGACUGCCGGCACUCCUGCCCAGCCCCCUCCCACCCCCCCCAGGCAGGGUGCCCCCGUGUGGGUAUUCAGUCUGGAAGCACAGGGCCUUCUUCUGGUGCCUAGACCUUGGAGCCGCAUCACUGGUCCCUCUCUCUGUCGAAAAAAAUCCUCUUUUCAAUAUGUUUACCAUGGCUGCUCUGAAGCCACACUGUUUUAGCGUGUUUGCUUUGUCGUUCAUUUCUUUCCCUUUGUUACUACUGGCACAAAAUGUUUUUACAGUGCGUAAAAUGCUCAUGAUAAUGUUGUCAGUCUGGUGUGUGCAUGGAGAGAAAAAAAACUAAACACAAGAGAUAAAAAAAGGAUAUAAAAACUAUUAAAUGUCUGCAAGUGUUAUGCAGGGUGGGGGGGCGGGGGGCUGGUGAUGAUGCCACAGCUUCGAUUUUUACACUUGACAGUGAGAUUAGCGUGCAGCGUUGUUUUCCUUGUUCCACCACUGGCAAAUGUCCAGGCCAGUUGUCUUUGUAUAGAUGUAUAUUAGGCCUCCCAGGAGGUUGACCAAUAAAUGAAAUUUAUGUCACUUUGAAAUAUCACAAGGGUACAACAUCACUGUAAAAAAGUUAAAAAAAAAGUAAAGAGCAAGAGCAAGAUAGGACCUAGGUCUAAUUUUUCACAUUUUUCGGGAGUGCAUUCCCUCGCCCCAGCACGUUUCAGGUUUCUAUCCAACCCUUAGUUUACAUUCUUUUGAAAUUUAAACACAAGCACAAGAGCUUGAUUUUUUUACAACAAAAAGUUUAACUUUUUGAAGAAAACAUGUAGUUAAAAAAAGGAGAAAAAAAGAAACAAUCCCGUCACUGGUUCGGUUCAUUUCUUUGUCUAGGUAUUAGGAAACAGACAAACAAACAGAAAAGAAGAAUCGCUCACAGUUUCCCUUGUGCAUCUCUGUGAAUGUGAAAGUAACCAAUCAGACUGAUCUGUCGGGACACCAACACCAAUGCUCAUCCUCUGUUCGGCCCGCAGACUCCUCCCACCAGGAAGAAGGCGGGGCCAGCAUGACUUUGGAACCUGUUCCAAGCUGCAUGCACAUUUUUUUGUAAAACGAAACAGAUACAGAAAAAAAGAUACUGAACUAGAUACGUGUGUUAGUUCCACAUACUGUAGGGCCGCUUGUAUGUUGCAUGCAGUUGUACAGUUUGCUCGUACUUGAAUAUUAAAGAGAUCAAACCAAGAAACCGAAGCCAUUCCCAUUACGCAAAGACAUUUGAACUCAACUGCAGUCUAUUCCACGUCCCUCAGUCCGGUGCUGAAUGUCUCUCAAACUAAAUCCCAAGAUUACGUUGAUGUCUUUCCUCGACCCUCUGGAAGAUGUACUGUACUGUACAGUAGUACUGAGCAGACCUCACAGCCCUCUUACUGUUAAUCCACAUCAUAGUAUACCUCCAAGGGGCUGAGAUGAUGUAUGAAUAAAUAUGUACAAAUCAGAUUCACUUAUAUGGAAAUAUGAAUUAUGUUUCAACAUAAUGAUUUCAGAUAACACAUGAACUGUUAAGUUAUAUAAAGAAUAAAUGCAGAUGCACAGAGAGUCAUACACUGUAAAUACUCAACAGCCAUUCACUGGGUUUUCAUUGGGUUCGGUGAUAUUUGCAAAGGGGCCAAGUCUGAUAAAGAGGAGCGAUUAAUAUGUCAUUAGGGACCAUGCAGUGGGACAACACAAGGCGACGGACUUGGGCCACAAACAUGGCCGCGAAAACUACAGGUGUAUUCUAAAACUUGGCAUCUGAACACUUCAAACCCAAUGUCUGAACCAUGAUCAGUCCCACUCUCAGAAGAGUUGACUUUUAUUUUCAUCGUCCGGUGAAGCUGGUUUUCCUUUUUGUUUUUUUCUUUGUCAGUAUUAACAGGAAAAAAAAUUGCUGAUUGUUUACAACUUCUGUGUUCCACUGAAACAAAAAGAAAAUUAGAAAAAAGUAAAGCAUUCACUGCAACAUUUCUUGUUUGUAUAACAGAUGUGGCUCAAAUGAUGUGUAUGUUUUAUAUUUAAAAAAAAGUUCAUUUUUAUUAUUUACAAAUAAAAAGAAUGUGUGGAAGAAAA